GUGAGAUGAACUAUUUUUACAUACCUUUUUUUGGACAAGAUAUUUUGUAUAAAAGAAGCGCUUGUUUUUGGCCUUUUCAACAAUUUCUCUACAAACAUCUUAUGAUACGGAUUUUUGUAUUUCAAUCGUUAUAACCUAACACACGAUAAUGGACAUCCGGGUACUGUUUCUGCUGUGCACGUGCGUUGUUAUGGCUCUCAGUAGACAUACAUCCGGUCAUGGCAGCAAGCACAACAAGCACAAAGAAGAUAUUGCACGAGAAUUACUUGAAUUACGGAAACAACAUGCAAAACAUGAAAACCAUAAGCAUGGCAGUCAUGGAAAACAUGACGAGAGAGGGGAAAGCGAGACUGAGACUGAAGAGCUCGAGGCGCUGCUAAAGAAACUUGAAGGCGAUGAUGAGGGUGUGGAAAGGCGGGAAGAAACCGAAGAAACUGAAGAUGAAAGGUCUGAAACUGAGGACGAAGAAGAAAGAUCCACCGACGACAGUGAUAUUCACAAGAGGAGCGAAGAAAGCGUUGACCUUGACCUUUUGGCAUUGCUCGCAAAACGGGUGGUUUAAAAGCAUGUUGCAGUAUGACCUUGAAAUGGAUAACCUUGACCGGAUGACCUUGCUUUUAGGAUCAGUAGUUGUAAACGUAGGGUUUAGUGAUUGAGAACAUUGAUAGAAUGACAUUGCUUUUAGAACGGCUAGUUUAAAAGCUAUCUUUCAUUAACCGGAUUUAAAUGACGGAAACCUUUUUAACGGUUCACGUAAUCCGGAAUACGAAGUUGAAACUUACUUUUUUACUUGAUUGUAACAAAAAAAGAAAGAAAAGAGAAUGUUAUUACAAACAUUUGUUAAUUUAACGUAGCUAUAUGAUAUUAUCAAUACACAUUUUACAAUUUUUUUAUUUCAAUAUCAAAGUAAAAUUUAUUUCCACAUUUAACCUAUCGAGGAAAAUUGUUAUUUUAAUAUCAUAGUAAAAAUUAUUUUCACAUUUAACCUAUCCAGGAAAUAUGUCUACUACUGAAAUAGAAAUUCUAGGUUCACUCAACUUUGGACCGUUUAAUAACUUCCACGCGAAAUAUUUUAAAUAGAUUUGUCCAUCCUUAUAACUGAACAAAACAACACAAGAUUCUAAAAACAUGUACUGACUGAAUAGCAAACAUUACAGUAGUCUGGAUCACCUGCCCCUGUGUUUCUACCUUAAUCGCAGUAUAAAAUGUAGGGAACCAGACAUACAAUGCAUAAUAUGACUCACACGGUAAAGUAGUUCCGGCUGAUCUUUUUCUACACUAGUUCUGUAGCCGUCCGCAGACUAAAGAUUGAUUUGUUUAACUUGCAAUUAAACACGGUUUAUGUUUUUGUCUAUUCUGUCAAAGCUUGUUCGAUAAUUUAUUUGUACAUGUUGAAUAAAUUGCUUAGC